AUGGGGUCCACAAAUGUCAGAUGGGAGCUGAGCUGGCGCCAGCUGGAGAUGGGCAUUGCCAAAGGUGUAGGUAUCUUCAUGGGCGAAGACCGAGUGGUACACUUCACCUGCGCAUCAGCAUCAAGAAGCUGCUCAGCUUGUGAGUUGUUCGAGUAUAGUGAUCGCGACAGUGGAGUGAUCGCAUCUUGUCUCGAUUGCUUCCUUAAAUCCGGAUUGCUGCGCCGUUACAAGUACGGCGUUAGCGAGAGGAGGUACUGGCUGAGACGCCGAGGGACUUGCAACACCGCGGAAUCCGGCCCGGUGGAGGUGGUGAUGGAGAGGGCUGAGUCUCUGCUUGCAAAGAAUGGAUUCGGUGACUAUGAUUUGUUGAAAAAUAACUGUGAAGAUUUUGCGACCUUCUGCAAAACUGGGCAGGGCUGCAACCUUAAUGGGACGGCCCGUCGCUAUGGUCAAGCCUCCCUUAUCCCACAGGCUUUGGCUUCACGCCGUGCAUGA